AUGCCACCGCAACAAGCGUGGGCAUCCCGCCAAUUCCAAGACUGCGAUUCGGAUGGAAAAUCACGCGCCGUCCAAUGCAAAUGGUGCAUAGAGAAAAAAGUCGCCUACAACAGCACUUCGCGCAAGACUUCGCACCUUAAGCAAUGCGUCGCCUUCAACGAACACGUCGUACAGCUUGUCGAGGCUGAGAAUGCAGGUGGAUACCUCUGCAGGGAACUCGAACAGAUGCCUGCUGUUGUCUUGGAAGCCGUACUCGACCAGACUGGCAGCAGGAGACUGCAACAAGGCCAUGCUGGACAAGGCGCUGUGGGCAUGGGUCCUGUGAAUGGCAAUCUCGGUGUCCAAGCUGCUGUGCUGUUUGGUAAUGCCAACCUCGGUGCCCCUAGGUUGAAUCAAGUCAAUGACACACCUCGCUCCGAGCGACCUACGCCUUCGUCUGCCCUUCGCGCCGGCGCAAACUCCAUCUCUCACGCUUCGACUCCGUCUACUGUGCCACAACGCGGUGCAACAGCGAACAACUUCAACCGCGCUCAGAUUGACAGAGCUUUUGCUUCUGCUCUGAAUCAUCCUUCGACUACAUCCCCUGCGCUGCAAACCCACCAGACUCCCAAUCAAUCUGCCAUGCAACCACCCAAUGGUCCAGAUGUGUUGACCCUACUCGGCUCUUUCAACUCCAACACAGACCCACGCAUCUCGGAUGCAUUGCGUCUGCUGGACAAAGACACGCGAGUGAGGAUUGCAAAAGAGUUGUUGGAUGAGGCAUACGAUGGUGUUAAAAGAGCUGUGGACAAUUAUAUUGAGAAGCAGCAGUACCUCAAUGCUAUCCUUGAGGAUGGUGCUGAGUUGGGUGCUGAUGAGCAGGGGCGUUAG